AUGGCCGACUACACCAAUCCUCCGCCGCCGUAUCCCGGCCACUCUGGCAAGGCCGCGCCCCCGGGCUAUGACAUGGAGGCUACCCAGCCGCUCUUGGCAAGCCACAGAGCGGGCAUGUCUGGUGCAGGGGCCAUCUACCACCAGCCCCCGCUAGGUGCGAUCCCUGACGACUUCCUGUAUGGCGCCACAGUCGCGGAGUGUGCUCUUCACAUCCGCCAUGAGUUCGUGCGGAAGGUGUACACCAUCCUGUUCUGCCAGAUUGUAGCGACAACAAUCGUUGCCGGAUUCAUCUCCAAGUCGGAGGGCGCGGUCAUGUGGCCAUGGUCAUUCUAUGUACCUCUGUUUGGAACCCUCAUCAACCUCGGUCUCCUGUACUGGCAACGCCACAAUGUCCCGCUCAACUACAUCCUCCUGUCCACGUUCACUCUCCUCGAGGCGUUCACCCUCGGGAUCAUGACGGCAUUCUUCGAUUCCGAGAUUGUUCUUCUGGCACUGCUGAUCACCGUUGGUAUCUUCUUGGGCCUAACGUUGUUCACUCUUCAAUCGAAGUAUGACUUCUCCGGGAUGGGAGCAUGGCUCUUCGCUGGUCUCAUUGCCCUCAUGAUGACCGGUAUCGUGGGCAUGUUCGUCCCGUUAGGCAACACCAUGAACCUCAUCUAUGCCGCCGGAGGGUGCCUGCUCUUCAGCGGCUAUGUCAUCUACGACACCUAUAUGAUCACCAAGAGGCUGUCGCAUGACGAGUACAUGGCUGCGGCCAUCAGCCUCUACCUCGACUUCAUCAACCUCUUCAUCAACAUUCUGCGUCUCCUGAAUGGCAUGAACCGUGACUGA